AUACGCGAGCAAUUCCGACAUCAACCCAUCCCUCCUUUUACUAACGCAACAGUCAAAAUGGGUGACGCAGACAUCAAGGCCAGCCAGUGGAGACUCGUCGAGGUCGGCCGUGUCGUCCUCUUCAGCUCCGGCAUCUACGCUCAGAAGCUCGCCGCUGUUGUUGAGAUCAUCGACCACAAGCGCGUCCUUGUCGAGGGUCCUUCCUCCGACCCCAAGGCUGCCGUCCCCCGCCACUCCGCCUCUCUCUCGGACCUCUCUUUGACUCCCAUCGUCAUUGAGAAGCUUCCCCGCGCCGCCGGCCACACCGCCCUCAAGGCUCUCUGGGAGAAGGACUCUGUCGACAGCAAGUGGAACAACAGCGCCUGGGCCAAGAACCGCGAGCGCUCCGUCAAGCGCAAGCAGCUUACCGACUUCGAGCGCUUCAAGGUUAUGCGCCUGAGAAAGCAGGCCCGUUUCGAGGUCCGCAAGCAGUUCGCCGCUGCCCGCGCCCAGUCCGCCAAGGCAUAGAUGGAUGACUCGGACAAAACAAAAGGGGACGGAUACCUGGGUUCAAUGGGAGUAGUGGGCUUUGGCUUUUUGCACAAAUGAAAGCGGGGGUUCUUCUUUUCACACUGCUACGUUGCAAACACUCGAUGCUGCCUUUACGUGUUUCCAGCAGAAGGUACAUGACAGCUUCUGGGAGACUGACGGAAGGCCAUAAAAAGUCCUAGCAUCGACAAAGCCUAUCCAGCUUCUUUUCUCAAAUGCUGUGGGAAAACAAGGAAAAUGCUUCAAACACCAAAAUCUUCAGCAACAACGCUUUUUACGUUCA